AUGACGUAUAGACGAGACUCACGCUACUUCAUGCCAUAUGGGCAUUUCUUGCCGCUGACUCCCCAAGAUAUGCAAGAUGAAGGCGUGUUCGUGUCAAAACAAAAAAUUCUGGACGCAUUGAAGAGGAAAACAAAAGGUUCACUCAUUUUUGUCUCGAACUGCAAAACACCUUCAAAGCGAGAAGGUCUUAUACAGGAGCUUGGUCGACACACAGAAGUGACCGUUCGAGGAAAGUGCGAAGAAUUGCUGAGUUUUGGCAAUGCCACCCGUCGAAUGUCCUGCAAGAGCGACUGCGACGAUGACUCCCUCAUAGGUUGA